AUGAUGUACAACACCUUCACCACCGGCCUCGUGGCCACCCUGCUUGCAGGUGCCCAGAUCGCCUCCGCCCACAUCGAAAUGUCCUUCCCUCCCCCCUUCAGGUCCAAGUUCAACCCCAACGCCGACCCUGGUAGCAUCGACUACUCCAUGACCGCUCCCCUCAAGGACACCGGCGCCGACUAUCCUUGCAAGGGCUACCACGUCGACUUUGGCACUGCUUCCGGCAAGAGCACCGCUACCUUUGUUCCUGGUCAGACCUACAACAUGACCACUGCCGGCACUGCUUCCCACGGCGGCGGUUCUUGCCAGCUCUCUCUCAGCUACGACAAGGGCGCCAGCUUCACCGUCAUCGAGUCCUACAUCGGUAACUGCCCUCUCGCUGGCAAGUACGACUUCACCAUCCCCACCGACACUCAGGCCGGCGAGGCCAUCUUUGCUUGGACCUGGCACAACCGCAUCGGCAACCGCGAGAUGUACAUGAACUGCGCGCCCGUCACCAUCGCUGCUAACAACAAGCGUGGUGUUGCCACUACCGCCUUCUCCACUCGCCCUCAAAUCUUCGUUGCCAACAUCGGAAACGGCUGCAAGACCGACGAGAACUUUGACGUCCAGUACCCCCAGCCCGGCCCUAAUGUGGUUGAAGCUUCUGGUGCUCCCGUCAAGGGUCCUGAGGGAAGCUGCGGUGCCUCUGCUCCUGCUGGCAACCCUGGCUCUGGUUCCGGUUCCGGCUCCAGCGCCAGCUCUGUUGCUGCUGCUCCCGUCACCACCAGCGCUCCCGCUCAGACCAGCGCUGCUGCUGGCGGCAACCCCGGCGGUAUCUUCAUCACUGUUCCCUCGGACGGUCCCAGCCAGGGCGGCAUCUUCCUCCCCUCCGCCACCGACAUCGUCAACGCCCCUAGCUCUAGCGCCGCCGCUGUCGUGAGCUCCGCCUCCGUCUCCGCUCCCGCCGUUGCUAUUACUACCCAGGCCCCCGUCCAGACCACUCUCCAGAGCAUCACCAAGCCCAGCACCACCGUCGUCGUCAGUGCUCCCGCUCCUAUUGCGACCGGCACCUCUCCCGACAACGGUACUGGUAACGGCUCUGCCGCUGGUGCCUACGCUGUCGGCGCCGCCUGCACCUCCGAGGGCGCCUGGAACUGCAUCGCCGGCUCCUCCUUCCAGCGCUGCGCCAGCGGCACCUGGUCCACCGUCAUGCAGUUGUCUGCGGGAACCAGCUGCUCCGCCGGUGAGAGUGCUCAGCUCAAGAUGAUCGCCAAGAAGCACCUCGGCAACGGCCCAAGCUUGGUCGCUACCAGAGGCGUCACGGCCACGCUCACCUCUCCAACUAAGUUUUUUAACUAA